AUGCGACACACAGGGAAUACGGUGAAACUGACCGUCAUCAAAGAUGCAGCUUCCCUUUACGGCGUAGAUCAGCUGUUGGCUCAGCCCAGUCCGACACGAGCCUCCGUUGAAAGCGGCGUCAAACUAAACGGAAUCCGUCAGAGUCAGAGCUCCUACACGACGAUAAACAAUUACUAUCCCGAUAAGCCUCAGAUUGUGUCAGCUGAAGCUCCAGUUAAGCUAACAACGGAGCUUCCGUUGCCACCAGCACACUUGCUAGAGGCCACUGUCAAUUCUGACGGGCACGAGUAUUGCUUGCCGCCCUCCAAGGAGAAUACGCCAAAUCAUCGUCAACAAACACCUUCUGAUCAUGAAAGGGAUCAAAUGGUCGAGCUCAAGCCAAAAGCCAGUCCAAAGUCUCAAAAAAGCGACAGUCAAAGUGAAAACGAGCGAACUCACAAAGACAGACGUUCUGGUCGACGACAUCGCGAUGAUCGAGCAAACCGGGAAAGAAAAUCAUCCCGCCAUCGUGAACGAAGCCAAGAGAAGAAGAAAUCCGACGCUAAGAGUGCGAAUAAGACUGGAACACUGACGUCACAGUCGGGCACUUUAGGCAGGAAGAACAAAGGCGGAAUGUGGGAAGAUCCUCAGCAACGACUUAUUCAAGAGCAACUUGAUAUGAUGAGAGAUGAGGAGAUAAUCGAACUGCAAAACAAAAAGAACAAAACGGCUUCUGAAAAUGAGAGGCUAAAAGUACUCAUGGCCGAGCAAGAGUUCAGCCAGCGGUUAAAGCGCGACCACAUUCCAUCGGGGACUUCUGAAAUCGAUUCAUACUCGGAAGAAGAUGUUCCAGACCGUCCAGAUCGAGAUCUUCUCCUGAAGAUUCAAAGCCAGAACUCACUCAAUGUCCAUAAAUCUGCCGAGGAAGAAACUAACUCAACGAGCAUGGCUGACGAAAUCUCCCGAACACUCGAGCUGAAGGAGAAGGAACUUGCUGAGCAAAGGAAAAAAGAGGAAAAACUGGCGGCCCAACUUGAGCAGCAACAAAGAGAACUUGAGAGGCAGCAACAACUCGAAAGAGAAGAGGAACAGCGUGCUCGAGAGGCGGAAGAAAGACAACGACAACGCAAAAUUGAGGAGGAAAAGCGAAUGGAAGAUUUGAAGAGGAGCGAAGAUAAGCGAUUAAAAGAACAAGAAAGGCUACUUCGGGAAGAGCAAGAUGCUCAAAAAGCCGCUUUCUUGGCGGAAAAAGAGGCAUUUGAGGCGGAGCGCCGAAAAAUGGAGGAAGAGCGUGCAGAAUUCCUCCGACGACAGGAAGAAUUCCGCAGAAUGAAAGAAGAGCAGGAGCAGUUUGAGCGCGAGCGAGCCGAGUUUGAGCGAGAGCAACAAGCUCAGAAGCGAGAACUUGAGCAGCGUGCUCAGCAGCGGGAGCAAGAACUCCAGCGAAAACUCAGAGAGGAAGCGAGAAAGAAAGAACUCGCGAAAAAAGUUGACGCUGACAAGUUUGAUCGACAACUUGACCGAGUCAGGAGACGUCGAGCUUCCGAAGAAGACAAGCUCAGUCAACGUCGAAAAUGGCUUGACGAUCAGGAAAAGCUCAAAGAAGUCGAAGACGACAUCGAAAGAGUCGUUCGCGAAGCCAGUCCUCCACGAGCACACCCUUACGCCGCUCCCGACGCCCCUCUUCCACCUCCACCAGAUUCCGUCACUUCUAAUUACCCACCUCAGACAAGAAAUGCAAGUAUAUCUUCGUACACUCCUCUUCUUCCAAAUCACCAUUUCACCAAAAAUAAGCGACCACUAUCGAGCUACAAUCCUAAAACACAAGAACCUCCUCAAGAAAAAUUCACUCCGUUGCCUCAAAAACCAACAGUGCCGACGACGAGACCUAAAAGCGCGUACGAGCCCACUUCCAGCCCGAGUCCGGAUUUAGACGAGUCUGCCGGGGUCAUCGGAACCAACGAAAUCUACAAUGAUCCACGAGAAAAGCGCCUGGCCAACAUCAAGAGGGACAACUCCUUCAUGCGAAAAUCACAGCCUGAACCUUCAAAACUUAACUUUCGCGAUCGAGCAAAGCUUUUUGAGCAAUCUGGCGUCAGUCCACAAACAAAUACGAAACCUAAAAUGAGCAAAAAGCUUCUCGAACUGGAGCAGCAAUUCGGCUCCAGAUGA